CCCUCGGCGGCUCGGCGCUGAGCCCGCGUCCGGCCCGCGCCCCAGGACCCGCUGCCGGCUACCGGCUUGCCAAAGCCCCCUCAGGGUCCCCCUGACCAGGAUGGAACUGAAGGCCGAGGAGGAGGAGGUGGGUGGCGUCCAGCCCGUGAGCAUCCAGGCCUUUGCCAGCAGCUCCACACUGCACGGCCUGGCCCACAUCUUCUCCUAUGAGCGGCUGUCACUGAAGCGGGCGCUGUGGGCCCUAUGCUUCCUGGGCUCACUGGCUGUGCUGCUAUGCGUGUGCACGGAGCGUGUGCAGUACUACUUCCACUACCACCAUGUCACCAAGCUCGAUGAGGUGGCAGCCUCCCAGCUUACCUUCCCCGCCGUCACACUGUGCAACCUCAACGAGUUCCGCUUUAGCCAAGUCUCCAAGAAUGACCUGUACCACGCUGGAGAGCUGCUAGCCCUGCUCAACAACAGGUAUGAGAUACCGGACACACAGAUGGCAGAUGAAAAACAGCUGGAGAUAUUGCAGGACAAGGCCAACUUCCGCAGCUUCAAGCCUAAGCCCUUCAACAUGCGCGAGUUUUAUGACCGUGCAGGGCAUGACAUUCGCGACAUGCUGCUCUCCUGCCAUUUCCGAGGGGAGGUUUGCAGUGCCGAAGACUUCAAGGUGGUCUUCACGCGGUAUGGGAAGUGCUACACGUUCAACUCAGGCCGAGAUGGGCGGCCAAGACUGAAGACCAUGAAGGGUGGGACGGGCAAUGGACUGGAGAUCAUGCUGGACAUCCAGCAAGACGAGUACCUGCCAGUAUGGGGGGAGACUGAUGAGACAUCCUUUGAAGCAGGCAUCAAAGUGCAGAUCCACAGUCAGGAUGAGCCUCCCUUUAUUGAUCAGCUGGGCUUUGGCGUGGCUCCAGGGUUCCAAACUUUCGUGGCCUGCCAGGAGCAGCGGCUCAUCUACCUGCCCCCGCCCUGGGGCACCUGCAAAGCUGUUACCAUGGACUUGGAUUUCUUCGACUCCUACAGCAUCACCGCCUGCCGCAUUGACUGUGAGACUCGCUACCUGGUGGAGAAUUGCAACUGCCGCAUGGUACACAUGCCAGGGGAUGCGCCAUACUGCACUCCAGAGCAGUACAAAGAGUGUGCAGAUCCUGCUCUGGACUUCCUGGUGGAGAAGGACCAGGAGUACUGCGUGUGUGAAAUGCCCUGCAACCUGACCCGCUAUGGCAAGGAGCUGUCCAUGGUCAAGAUUCCCAGCAAAGCCUCAGCCAAGUACCUGGCCAAAAAGUUCAACAAGUCUGAGCAGUACAUAGGGGAGAACAUCCUGGUGCUGGACAUUUUCUUUGAAGUCCUCAACUAUGAAACCAUCGAGCAGAAGAAAGCCUAUGAGAUUGCAGGGCUCCUGGGUGACAUUGGAGGCCAGAUGGGGCUCUUCAUUGGGGCCAGCAUUCUCACGGUGCUGGAGCUCUUUGAUUAUGCCUACGAGGUCAUUAAGCACAAGCUGUGCCGUCGAGGGAAGUGCCAGAAGGAAGCCAAGAGGAGCAGCGUGGACAAGGGUGUGGCCCUCAGCCUAGAUGACGUCAAAAGACACAAUCCGUGCGAGAGCCUCCGUGGCCAUCCAGCCGGUAUGACAUACGCUGCCAACAUCCUACCUCACCAUCCGGCGCGAGGCACAUUCGAGGACUUUACCUGCUGAGUCCUGAAGGCCACUGUACCAAAGGCCUAGCUGGGGAGGGUCCCCUCCGCUGUCACUCAUCUGUCCUGGGGACUCACCCCCCACUCCCAGGAUAGCUCCCUACUCCUAGGCAGUCCUUUUCUCUUGUCUGUGGUGAGGAAGGGGUCUUGACCUUAGAGACUUCUUCCUGCCACUGUUCCAUUCUUUUUAUUUUUAACAAAACUAAUCUAAAAGAGACACUAAACAGAGAGAAAGGGACAAGGGACCUCAGGCUGUCCUCUCUGUCCCAUGCUGCCUCCCCCGCUCCCAGCCGAAUUCUGUCUGUCUGGCUGUCUGUCUUCUGAAUGUCCACCUACAUUUGCUGCCACCAUUCACCAAAGCCCCCUCCCAGUGAGGGGUUGAGGGGAUCUCUGGGGUCUAUAUUUUGUCCCAAACCAGAGAAUGUACUAUGAGGGGGAGGGCUAGUGGGGGGGGGCUUCCCCAGCCUUAACAGACCCUCUUAGCCCAGUGACCCACCCCCAACCCCAAAUCUCCAGGCAGGAACUCCAGGCAGUCCCAUCCCUUCACACCAUGUGGAGUCCUUAGGGGGUUGGGCGGGAGGAUCCCCUGAAGUAGUAGAGACAGGCAAGGUGUGGCCCUGAUGCUGUGGGCACAUCCUAACACCUACAAGCUCAAGCUCACCCUCACCCCAGAGCUAUAGCUGCUGGAGAGAAAUUUCAAGAGGCAACCCUCCUCUACCGUCCCAUAACAGACCCUGCUGGUUGGCUUCCAGCACGGGGAGAGGGGCACUGGUGCCUGACCUCACUAGUCCCUCUCCCAGAGGCCCCUGCAGAGGGCCACAUCCAUAAAUUUUCUUAUGGAACUCCCCCAAGUCCUCUUCCCCAACUCCAUUUGCUUCUCUCAACAACCUCAUCUGCAUUUUCUAUUUCUAUAUGAUACAGACUCUAUAUUGCUAUAUCUCUGUAUAUACUUUCCCUCAACCUUGUCUGUCUCCACCCCAUCCCCUCUUGUCUCUGUGAACCAUCCCCCUCUUUAAGUUCCCCCUUCUGUGUCUCAGUCCCCUCCCUGGUUUCUGAAUGCCUUCGCCUGUAUAAAGAGUUGGACUCUCUCCCCUGGUGUCUGUACUGUGUACACACAUCCCUCUGAGAAGCACAAGGAGACGACACGCGCAUUGUAACCUUCGCACUGUCUCGGUGGCAACAUAAAGGAAGCUGUGAAUCACAAGCUCUGCCUCUUUCUGGCCUCACCCUCUCCCCCAACCUGGGUGCCCUCUGCCUUCCCUGCAGCCUUAACAUUCCCCUCCCUUGCUCCACCUAACCCAAUGUCCUUUGUUUGGCUGACUUUGGCCUUGCCAGGGAAGGCGUUGUUACAGAGAUAGCCCCUACCCAGGGGAUGAAGACUGCAUUGGACACUAAACCAAG